CGGCGCAGGAAAAAAGAAAAAGAUCAUCAUGCCGAAUUCAGCCUCGAAGAGGUGCGAGCUCUUUGCACAACGCUUGUGCCGCUAUUCAUGAUGUGUAGGCAUCAAUUUCAGACUUCCGUCAUUCCUGUCAUUUCGUCCGCAAGGUUUUUUUCAUCUUAGUCUUGCCGGAGACCGAGAGGAGCAAGCGGAUUCGAAGAGAUUGUACUUACUUUCGCAUCUAAUUUUCAAAGAAAAACUUGAGCUGACUGUUUUUCCAAAUUCUUUAUGGUAGCUCUGAGUGAAGGUAGGACUACGAGCAUCACAGGCGAACAAUGAACGGCCAGCACUCGGUAGAGGAGAGGUCAGGCACUGAUAUUGUCUAACUUGGUGGAUGGGGGUGGGGGCAAAUCGAGAGAGUAGUUCAGCUUCUGUGCGACCAUCAAAUGCGUACAUUGAUUCCUACAGAAAAUGCAAAUGUUUUGCUCUUCGAUGAAUCGAGGAAAAAAAAGAGGUAUAAAAAUUCGAAAGUAGAAAGACCGCAUAAAUAUAGAAGUAGGUCGUGCGUAAUUAGCCACCGCCGGCGCCGGUGAGAAUCACGAAGAGUGUGCUUGAUUCUCCGGGUCCUCGACUGGUGAGAAGAGACCUGAAGUCGCGGCCACAGCGCACAGGCACAACGGAAACGCCAAACCGCGACGGACUAGCUUCGGAAAGGGUCCGGGAGGACGCUGAAACACUGCAUCCUCUUCCACAUCCACCUCGGUGCUACCCGAAAAUUAAUUGUUCCGAAAGAGCUCCUGCCACAGGAUGAAGCUAAUCCACCGCAUACGGGCCCCCGAAGAAACGAGGAAUGACUUCUGAAUACUUCUUCUUCAUCUGAUCCCUAGGGAAGAACAAGAAGUAUACUGUGGUGCAGUUCAUCUGGACGAGGAGCUGACUAGAGCUAGUGCGCUGCAUUUAUCGGAAAGCAGUUACCUAGAAGCGGCACAGCAACCUGAUCGAACUCGUACUCGAGCAGCUCGUGCAUGGGUGAUGCCAUUCUGCCGGGCUUGAUCAGAGAAAAGGAAGUGAAGGCGACACCGGUUAUUUUGAAAGCAACUAGCGGAACAAAUAUCUUCAAUCCGAACAAAAACCCUCAACAAGCGGCGCAUAUCAGCAAGAUGAGCUCCAAUACAAAACCGAAGCCCCUCACGGAGGUCGAGGGCGCCAAUGGCGCGAUGUGGAAAAUCAACAAGAAGCUGGGAUGUAUAGCGUUUGCGUGUUUCGUCAUUGGAUAGGGUCGGUUGGAAUUAUUGGAAUUCUUUCAUGUUCAUCUCAAUUGUGCUACGUGUCCCACUGUGUUGUAUCUAUUCACUUUACCACCUACGUUCUUUCGCACAUGAUUUAUUACGGGAAAAAAAAAUACUAUCAGCCGGGAGUUUUGGAGAAGUGUUUCUCGCAACGCAGACAUCAGAACGACCACUCGAGCCAGGGACCGAAGUAGCAGUGAAAGUAGAAGGCAUAAAAACGGCACACCCACAACUGGCGUACGAAGCACGACUUCUCUCACUUUUGAGGGGGAACACGGGCAUAAGUCAAGUUUACCACUCAGGAAUGCAGAAAGGGUAUGAUAAGACUUAGCUUGUUCUUCACGAGUUUUAUUACCGUGCUGCAAGAAGGGAGUAAGCCUGGAUAUCGAUCAAUCAACUCUCUGUCUCUACUAAUCGUUUCUGUUUUGAAACAACAAAUAAGUACUUACAAAAAUCAGCUACAACGUGCUCGUAAUGGAGCUUCUGGGCUACUCUCUGGAAGACCUGGUGGUGAUGUGCCACGGAAAGUUCUCGCUGAAAACGUGCCUGUUAGUCAUGGACCAGCUCCUGUCAAGAAUCGAAGACCUGCACGCCGCGGGCUUCAUCCACAGAGACAUAAAACCGGAGAAUUUUCUCCUCGGACGAGCGGACAAGGCAAACGUGGUGCACAUAAUCGAUUUCGGUUUGAGCAAAAAAUACUGCGACGGUAGAACGCAGGACCACAUACCCUACAAGGACAACAAAAGUCUCACCGGGACGGCACGGUAAGUAGAGUGAGAGAUGAAUCGCCGUCGGCAUCUUCGUGCAUGACAAAAAUCAACCUGUUUCAGAAUCUAAGUCCAUGACAAGCUUACCCAUUUUUAUCAGGUAUGCGUCAAUUAACGCCCACAGAGGGGUGGAGCAGAGCAGGCGAGACGAUUUAGAAGCCAUCGGGCACAUGAUGUUUUACUUCCUCAGGGGAAACCUCCCGUGGCAGGGGCUCCCUGCGAAAACGAAAGACGAAAAGUAAUGAAUCAAUAAAUUCACGUGCUCCACAUGGUCAGAGCGUUGUCUUGUUCAUAAUGUUGUGCUAGCAGCUUCCCACAAUUUGAUGGAAAAGAAAGCCACUUGUAGUGAUCAUGAUUACAACAUGACCCUUUCCCAGGUACCGAAAGAUAAAAGAGAAGAAGAUAGAGACUAGCAUAGACUUGCUCUGCAGCGGGUUUCCGGAAGAGUUCGCCACCUACCUGCAAUACGUGCGCAGCCUGCGGUUCCAGGUACGAUAGGUUUAAUACAUGGCACGAUUUUGGUGUCUCUCGGAGUUGAUGUGCUUGCAGGGCUGAUUUUAGUACUUUUUUACUUGUACAAUCGGCGGCUUCGGGAUCGCAUGCAAGGACAUGAUCUGUGCAUGUUAGACGAAAACAAAUCUCAGGAUCGACCGGAUUAUGCCUACUUGCGAGGAUUGUUUCAGGAGAGGUACAUCGCGGAGGGGUAUCACAAUGAACCAAAGGACUUCGAUUGGACCGCGAAAUUAGCACAGAAACAAGCCAACGAGGCCCAGGCGGCACAGAGCCGAGAUAAUCGCCCACCACCCAAUUCCACCAACGCACUGCAAAGCAGAGGUAUAGAAUUUUGUUGUGAAUAAAUGAUGACGUAACGACACGUACUACAACAACUUACGCGUUCUUGUUUUCAAGUUGAAGCGAAAAAAACGCAUGACAGCGUAACAUUCGAACUGAAAAAGGUGGCGAGCCGGCGAACAAGCAGGAUGGCGUGGUGGCGCAGCCGAAGAGCCGUAUGCGAAAGCUUUUUGCGCUCUGCUCCAAGGGCUAAAUGUAAUUACAGCUGAAGGUGGUAGUACGGUAUCAAGACCAAAAAAAAAGUCUUGGCCCCCCUAGAAUGAUCCUUUUUUUAUCACAAAACUACGCAGAGUGAAAGUCAAUACUUUGAACACCAUUUGAGCAAAAUUAAACACCUUUUAGUUUAUCGAAGAACGCUGUCAGGAGGAAACACGGAUUCGACUGCGGUCGACUUUCGGCAAUUUUGAGAUAGUUAUCCAUUUACGCAAUAGAAUCGAUGCAGCGCGAACUACUUCCGGCUUCGGUGGAUUUGUGAGAGCUCUGUCGCAGCGACCACGAGAAGCAAGGGAGGUGCCCAUGCAAACAAGGAGCCCGGAAAAUAGUUUCGCGAAUCUGCAGUAAGCGAUACGUUUAUGACUUACUUUUUAGACUGAACAAUAAAUUUAGCGAUAGGUCGUGUCUUUCCUAACCGAUUUCCCUCAUCAUGUCCUCUGUGUAUGAUGUAGCUUAUGUCACAGUAGUUUUUCCAGAAUGUUGAAAAAUUCCGUUCCUGUUUGCUGCAAUUUUUGAGUAUUGCAACACAACAGAUACAAGGAUCCAUUUAUUGGUUAAUGCACAAUUGACUUUUUAUGUAUAGUUUUCAGAGUAGUUGUUUCACUUUCAUCUACACGAGCAAACUUGUACCCCAUAGAAAGCCUUUCGAUCCGGAAUGUUGAUUGCUACCUGUUGUUGACACUACGCACAGGGAGGUCGAAUUUGAUUCAUAGGUUUCAGACACUCACCUAGUAAACCAUAGGAAUCACCGAUUAUUAAACACAAAAUGCAAUUUGCUACUUCAAAUUUGGUCACACUUGGAACAACUUAUCUUCAUUCUGAGCCGCAUUAAAACCGGACUCCAGAAAGGAUUUGCAAUGUCUGACGUCCAUUGUUGAAAAUCUCUGCAUUGGAGCACUUUGUUCUGAAAAGCCACUUUUGGC